AUGAUCUUUUGUAAGUGGAACGGCAAACUGACUGGGCUGGAAGGUGCAAAUGUAAGGGUGUCUUGCAUUACUCCGCGGAUAACACAAGAAACACUGCCAGUAUUUUCAGCGGAAUCAGAACCAACAGAUAAAAAAGGUUAUUACAUGUUUGAUCUAGAAAGGAAUAUACCGGCACGCCACAACAUCAAAGAUGACUGUAAGGUGUACAUUGGCUCACCUGGGCCUAACAACAAUGAUUGUUUCUUUCCAACUAACGACAGUCAGGGCUUAGAGGGUGCCUCUCCUAACACACCAUCCAGGGAUCUUAAUCCCAACACUUCCCUAUUUUCUGUGGGUGGUUUUACUUUUGUACUCAACCGAUCGAGAGACUAA